AUGUCUGCAAUCACGAUAACCUACACCGUCCAUCCUCCUAUCGAAUCAGUCUCUCCUGACGAGUUGCCUACUUCUCGUACAAUUGAAGUGCCAAUCAAUGCCUCACAGGAUGGUGGAAAUUCGUAUUACAGCGUCCUACACGAAGCCUUGGAGAAAGCUAUAAAUGAAAUUGGAGCUGAUUUGACGAUCUGGAGAGAUGCCGUUGGGAAACUGGAAAUGAGCAAAGAGGCAAAGAAGAAUGAUGUCGGAGAAGAGGAAGAAGACGAGGGAUGA